AUGGGCUGGCUCUGGACAUCACCACCCUCCAAGCCACCGACCGACCAAUCGUCAACCGCCUCACCAUCACAGACAUCCUCAUCAACGCCUCCCCAGCCAUCAAUCCCACCAUCAACACCCACUACCUCCCAAGCUCCCAACGAGCCCGUCGACCCCGAGAUCCAGAAACUCCUCGACAUCUUCAACAAAUCCGACGACUCCACCCCUCAACCCUCCUCCUCCUCCUCCUCUUCAACCUCAUCAUCAUCACCAUCCCUCCUCUCAAAAUGGCUCUCCUCAAAAUCAUCCACCACCAACCCAGACCAACAACAACCCCCCAUCCCGCCCCUCUCCCCCGUCGCCGAAUCCCUCCUCCCCACCGACAUGUCCUGCCGCCAGGCCUUCGACCUCGCCUGGUCCUGCAACUCCCUCGGUGGCCAGUGGAACGCCGUCUACCGCCACGGCGAGAUGCGCUCCUGCUCCCACCUCUGGGACGACUUCUGGUUCUGCAUGCGCACAAAGUCCUACUCGGGCCCGCUCAAGGAGAGGGCCAUCCGCGACCACUACCGCCGCAAGGAGUACGAGAAAUACUACGCCCCGGGCGCCCGCAGCAGCGAGGACGUCUGGGAGGCCAGGGAGCGCAAGGUCGAGCCCGGGACCGCGUUUGCCGAGGCCGUCGAGAUUGCGACUGUGGACGAUGACGAGUGGAGGAAGUUGGAGGAAGAGAGGAGGAAGAAGAUACGGCAGGAUCUGGGAUUUGAAAAAGAGAAAUGA